UAACAGCCUUAGGGGAGUAUAGACAAGGACGAGUUAUUAGUGAGCGGCAAUUGGAAGAGAGCUCUGGCAUACCAAUAUUAGCAGGGUGCAUGGAAUGUUAACAUAUGAGAAUUCACAUACAAGCCACAAAAAGACAGACAGGAAAACCUGACAGAUGAUCCUCAUACGUUUGCACAGUGGCACAGAAGCUGGUUGGGAGUCUGAGAGACACAGGGAUGGGGUUUGGAAGCAAAUCCUCAUCAAUGUCAUUUUUAGCCUAUAUGGUUCCACUGGAAUGACUAGCCUGCAUUUCCCAGCAUCAUGCUAAAACCAGGAGACCAAAGGGGAUGUGAGAUUUUCUUUUUUUAUUAACCUGUCUGGCUCGGACGGGGCUCAUUUUUUUUUCUUGGAGGUGGGAUUUUAAGAAAAUGAUCACAGCAUUCUGUCUUCCCCCUAAUUUCACUGGCGGUGCAACGUGGGCACUUCCCAAGGCUGUAUAUUGGCACAUUGACAUAUGCGCCGGGCACUUCCCUGAGCAGCGCUUUUAUGAGUUAAUAUGUUAUGACUGAUGAGCGCGACUCCAUACAACACCAUCUGACUAAACUCGUCUCUCAAGCCUUUCAUCGUAUGAAGAACCUUUGCCCCACGCAUUGCUAUUUGGCAUAACAACAUGGAAAUAUUACACGAGUCUUAUUUGGAGCAUCACUCUAGAAAUGUUUCCAAUGAUUCCAUCCCAGGAACUGUGUCAGAUGUCUCUGUGGACAACCUAGUUGCGACAUCGGCCAUUGGCAUCCUCUUAUCCUUAAUGUGCAUUGGUGGUGUCAUAGGCAAUUUUUAUACAUUAGUGGUCAUGUGCCUCUCCAUGACGACAUUUACCUCCAUGUACAUACAUAUUGUUAAUUUAGCACUGGCUGACCUACUGUAUCUAUCGACCAUCCCAUUUAUUGUCCAUAACAGCUUUGUGAAAGACUGGUACUUUGGAGAAAUUGGAUGCAGGGUGCUCCUCAGCUUGGAUCUUCUGACCAUGCACGCCAGCAUUUUCAUAUUAACCGUGAUGAGUACAGAGAGAUACAUUGCAGUGGCCAAACCUUUUGACACGGUUAGAAGAUCCAGAGGCUACAGGAAAAGCCUCGCCUGUGCAAUAUGGCUUCUCUCCUUUCUUUUGACACUUCCCAUGAUGCUUAUGAUACAUCAAGAAGAAAGGACUUUGGAGUCUGGGAACAUUAGGAAGCUAUGUACACCAAUAUGGAGUGACGAUCAGUAUAAGGUUUAUCUUACAGUGUUGUUUACUACCAGCAUUCUUGCCCCUGGGGUCAUUAUUGGCUACUUGUACACAAAGCUAGCUAGGGCCUAUUGGAUCUCCCAAACCAAAAGCCUCCUUAAUAAGGAAGUACAGAGAUCCCCCAAGCAAAGAGUCAUACUAAUGAUAUUUGUUAUUGUGCUUGCGUUUUGGGCUUGCUUUUUACCCUUCUGGCUGUGGCAGCUGUUGCCCCUUUACAGCCAUGAUGUUCUAAGAAUCUCCGUUCAAACAGAGAUUUAUAUCAAUCAUCUUGUGACUUGCCUGACCUACGGCAACAGUUGCAUCAACCCUUUCCUCUACACCUUACUCACCAGAAACUACAAGGAGUAUCUCCGAAAUAGGCAGAGGGGUGCACUUGGAUCUCUAAGUUUGAAGAGUGGGAUAGCGUCUCCGGGGAAGCAAGCAAAGAGGACAGCAUCUGGUGGGAGCCAGCAGUGCACAGAGACCAUUACAAUGAGCAAUGCAAAAGGUGCCUGUGAUUCGCUCAAGCUGUAAAAAUAAAGCAAGCAGCAAUAACGUAUGUGGACAUUGGAACCCAACUUCAACUCUUGUGAUCCCAAGAUACUGGGAAUUCUGGCAAUUGGCUUCACUCCCGCAGCGCCAUUGGUUGGCACGUGUCUAUUAGCAAAGAGCACAGAACCCUCUAGGACUCAGUCUGCAGGAUUUCAUUGGAUAAUAUGGAUCCUUCCACUACCUACAUUCAAGUGGGACAAGAGAAAUAUAAACUGCUGGGACUAAAACUGCUUCUCAGAUCACGUAGGCUGCCAUUUUUAUUUUCUGCAAUGUCUGAAUAAGUUCUGCAUCGUGUUGACUUUCCUUAAAGGAUAAGUAAGGAGUAUUUUUUUUUUAAAUACCCUAAAAUUACUCUAUACAGCCCCCAGAAUAAAAUACUUUCUCUCUGCAUGCAGAUUUAUUUUGUCUAACGUAAAGUUCCCUCCCCUUUUGCUUUCUGAUCACUCCUUCCUUCUUCCACCUCCUUCUGAGACCUUAAAGAGGUUCCUACUGCACAUACCUGAUUCAUUUUAAUUGGAGCAGAGGCAGUGAGUGUGAGCAGUAUGCACCUCUUUGAGGUCAUCAUAGUCAGAGAGAG